AUGACUCAAGACACCAGUUCUAAGAGUGUCCAGAAGCCCAGAGCGGAGUCACCUACAACCAGCCUGCUAUCAAUGAAGAGUGAUCAGCCACCUGCUUUCAGCCAGGAACCAUUACCAGAUGACAAUAAGGAAGUGGAGAGUUUGGGCAGUGAGGAUGCAUUAAAGAUCACACACAACCUUCUGGACAGAAGAAGUCAAACUCUGCUGACAGUCCAACAAGACAUUAAGGCUAAACUGAAACACAAGUAUCAACACAUAUCUGAAGGAAUUGGACACCAUGGAAACCAAAGUCUGUUCAAGGACAUCUACACAGAGCUCUACAUCACAGAGGGUGGAAGUGGAGGGCUCAAUAAUGAACAUGAGGUUAGACAGAUAGAGAUGGCAUCCAAGAAACAAACCACACAAGAGACACCAAUCAAAUGCAACGACAUCUUCAAGCCUUUACCUGGACAAGACAAACCUAUCAGAACUGUGCUGACAAAAGGAAUCGCUGGCAUUGGAAAAACAGUCUCUGUGCAGAAGGUCAUCCUUGACUGGGCAGAGGGAAAAGCAAAUCAGGACGUUCAUUUCAUGUUUCCUCUUCCUUUCCGUGAUCUGAACCUGAAAAAGGACAGAUACAGUCUGAUGCAACUUCUUUCCCACUACUUCUCAGAGCUGAAAGAGAUUGACAGCAUUGAAGAUGGUGAAACCAAAACUGUUUUCAUUUUUGAUGGUCUGGAAGAGUGUCGACUUCCUCUAGACUUCAAAAACAAUGAGAAGUGCCGUGAUGUCACGAAGCCAUCCUCAGUGGACGUGCUGCUGACAAACCUCAUCAAGGGGAAUCUGCUUCCUUCUGCUCUCCUCUGGAUAACAACACGGCCUGCAGCAGCCAAUCAGAUCCCUCCUGAGUGUGUUGACCAGGUGACAGAGGUACGAGGGUUCAAUGAUCCACAGAAGGUGGAAUACUUCAGGAAGAAAAUCACAGAUCAGAAUCUGGCCAAUGAAAUCAUCAAACACAUGAAGACAUCAAGGAGCAUUCACAUCAUGUGCCACAUGCCAGUCUUCUGUUGGAUAUCAGCCACGGUCCUUGAGAUGAUACUGAAAGUGGCAGAGAAGGAUGAAGUCCCCAAAACUCUGACCCAGAUGUACUCACACUUCAUACUCAUCCAAAUCGUUGUGAAGAACAGGAAGUACAACAAAGCCACAGAGACAAACCCAAAGGAACUGUCUCAGUCAGACAAAGAGAUGAUCCUGAAACUGGCAAAGCUGGCUUUCCAACAGCUGCAGAAGGGCAACCUGAUCUUCUAUGAGGAGGACCUGAGAGAGUGUGGCCUUGAUGUCACAGAGGCAUCAGAGUACUCAGCAUUGUGUACAGAGAUCUUUAAAGAGGAAUCUGGGCUGUACCAAGAGAAGGUCUACAGCUUUGUGCAUCUGAGCAUUCAGGAGUUUCUAGCAGCAGUGCAUGCUUUAGAAUCAUGUCUGGACAAGAAGGACAUUUUUUCCCCUCCUAAAGCAGUCACUAGUGAUGAUGAUGAUGAUGAUGAGGAGGAUGAUGAUGAUGACGACGAAGAGGAGUCAAUCCAGUUGUCUGACUUACACAGGAGAGCAGUGGACCAGGCCUUGACGAGUGAGAAUGGACACCUGGACCUGUUCCUCCGCUUCCUUCUGGGUCUCUCACUGGAGUCCAAUCAGAAUCUGUUACGAGGCCUUCUGACACAGACAGGAAGUACAACACAGAGCAAUAAGAAAACAGUUGAGAGAACAGUCAGGUACCUUUCAGACAAGAUCAAAAGGGAAUCCUCACCAGAAAGGAUCAUCAACUUGUUCCACUGUCUGAAUGAACUUGGUGCCAACUCUCUAGUUGAAAACAUGCAGACCUCCCUGCAAUCAGGAACUCUUUCAGAAACAGAGCUAAAACCUGACCAAUGUUCAGCCCUGGCCUACCUGUUACUGAUGUCAGAGGAGGUGCUGGAGGAGUUUGACCUGAAGACAUACAACACAUCAAAGGAAGGUUGUCAGAGGUUGCUGCCGGUAGUGAAAACCUGCAGGAGAGCACGGCUUGAUCGCUGUGAACUCACAUAUAAAUCCUAUGAGACUCUGCCCUCAGCUCUGCAGACACCAAACUCCCCCCUGAGAGAACUGGACCUCAGCUACAAUGACCUGGAAGACAGAGGAGUGGAGCUGCUCUGUGUUGGACUAACCAGUCCACUCUGCAACAUACAGACACUUGUGUGA